UUUUAGUUUGUUGUCUUGACGAAUUUACGAAUUUGAUUGCUUUAUUUCGGUUCUAUCACCAAAUCUUAUUGAAAAGCACUGAAAAUGGCUUCAGAAUGUAGAGAGUCUUGGUAUUUGGACAUUGUGGAAAAAAUGGACGACUUCUACAAACGGGUUGACGAAAAGAUUGAGAAAGAACAGCAACAAAUGAAAGCAUGUAAGAAGUACACAGAAUUAGAGACGAAACUUGCACAGGAAACUAAGUUAAAUAAAGAGCUGACAGAACGUCUAGCAGAGCUGGAACGGCGAGGCAGUGAGCUGGACCGAGUGUGUGCUACCUUCGAGUCACAUCUCACCAUUGCAGACAGUGAUCGGAACAGAUUGGAUAAUGCCAAAGAAAUAUUCCAGAUUGCUAAAGAAUUGACUGGGAUCCGUUGGGACUUUAGUGCACCACCUAACGUGGCUAAAGGAUAUAUAAAGAGUGAGUCCCGCAAGCUACUGCAGCCGAUAGAAGUGGACAUGAGUAGCGGCGGCGACAGCGACGCGCUGUGGACGCUGCUGCAGUGCACCGCAGACCCUCGCGACAAGGAGAACAGGCCUCACAAUGAGCCAGCCACACGAAUAUGAGCAGACCGGUUUUUGGUCCAGUCAGUCGGUAAAAAAAUGCAAUUUUCCCUUUAAAACUGUCAACUACACAAAAAUAUAAGGUUUCUCUGUAUAGUUAUCGGCACGAAUCUUGAGCUCUGACCUACAUCUGCGCAGUAGUGAUUUAUUAGCUAUGACGCGAUGCACAGCGGGCCAAUCACCACGCUUUAGCGCGCCCCCGCGCCUCACUUCAUACCACAAAAGGGACCCAAUGAAUUACUUCUGCGCCGGUGAAGGUCAGAGCUCAAGAUUCGUGCCGAUAACUAUAACAGACUAAAAGAAAAAGGACAGCAGUUGAAUUGAAUACCCUUUUUGGAAGUCGGUUAAUGUUUUUAUUCUGUACAAUUUAUUUAUUUCAUUAAGGUCUUUCACAGUCUAACCAAGGGGUAUCGGGUCGCCCGGGUAACUGGGUUGAGGAGGUCAGAUAGGCAGUCGCUUCUUGUAAAGCACUGGUGGUCAGCUGCAUCCGGUUAGACUGGAAGCCGACCCCAACAUGAUUGGGAAAAAGGCUCGGAGGAUGAUGAUAGGUCUUUCACAGCUGACAAUAUUUUACACUUAAUUUAGAUUCGAUAACAAUACGCCAAUUACGAAGUACUACUAAUAGUAAGUUAUUUUAACCGACUUUCCAAAAAGGGAGGUUCUUAAUUCAGAGUUUUUAAUUAGGCUAAUGACUAAACCCUUGUAUUUACGACUGACUGUUUUCUGCGGUUUUACCCGCGUCCCAAAACGUCAUUGAAAAAUAUUGAUUUAAUGUAUAUUUAAUACAUAGUUAUAAGAAAUAAAACUAAUAAUGCUAUUAAAAA